UUCCCUCUCUUGCGCACGCGCUCCGGCGCCGCAGAUUAAAAAGCGAAGAGCGCCGGUGCGGCCCGGGGUUGGCGAAGGGCCACAGAGUGUCGCGGAGUCGGUCCCGGCCCCUGCGCGUGCACCGCCUCCUCCCCAGCCUCAGAGUAGGGUCCGAGCGCCGAGGCUGCGGCGGUAGGCUUGUCAUGGCCACCCCCGGAACCGCCGAGGAACAGCAGCCUCUGCUGGGAGAGCAGGGCCCAGGGAGCAGCCAGUGGGAUAUCGUAGAAACUGAAGAGCAUUAUAGGAGCCGGUGGCGUUCCAUUCGCAUCCUGUAUCUCACUAUGUUUCUCAGUAGUGUGGAUUGAUCCCACAGCCGAUGCCAGUUUUUUGGGUUGGAUUAUUGCUUCUUACAGUCUUGGCCAAAUGGUAGCUUCACCUAUAUUUGGCAUAUGGUCUAAUUUUAGGCCAAGGAAAGAACCUCUUGUGAUCUCAAUCUUCAUUUCAGUGGCAGCCAACUGCCUCUACGCCUAUGUCCACCUCCCUCUCUCCCACAAUAAAUACUACAUGUUGGCUGCUCGUGGGCUUGUGGGAUUUGGAGCAGGAAAUGUAGCAGUAGUUAGAUCUUACAUUGCUGGUGCUACUUCCCUUCAAGAAAGAACCGGCGCCAUGGCCAACACCAGCGCUGCUCAGGCCUUGGGCUUUAUCCUGGGUCCAGUUUUUCAGACAUGUUUUGCUCUGAUUGGAGAGAAGGGCGUGACGUGGCAAGCCAUUGAUCUCCAGCUGAACAUGUACACAGCCCCGGUUCUACUCGGCGCCCUUUUGGGAGUCCUCAAUAUUGUCUUGAUCUUUGCUCUAUUAAGGGAACAUCGUGUGGAUGAUUCAGGAAGACAGUGUAAAAGCGUUAAUUUUGAUGAAGCAAGCACAGACGAAGUUCAGGACCCCCAGGAGAGCGUUGACCAGAUUGCUGUUGUCGCCACCAACAUUCUUUUCUUCAUUAUCCUGUUCAUCUUUGCUCUUUUUGAAACCAUUGCGACUCCACUAACAAUGGACAUGUAUGCUUGGACCAGGGAACAAGCUGUUCUGUAUAAUGGAAUAAUUCUUGCUGCUCUUGGAGUGGAAGCAGUCAUUGUUUUCAUGGGAAUUAAAGUCCUUUCCAAAAAAACCGGAGAGCGCGUGCUUCUGCUUGGAGGAUUCAUAAUUGUCUUAAUCGGAUUCUUUAUCUUGUUACCUUGGGGAAAUCAGUUUCCAAAAAUACAGUGGAAAGAUUUACAUAAUAACUCCAUUCCUCAUGAGUCAUCUGGACAAAGAGUUCUCUAUUUUUGGAAGUUAUCAACAGGAAAUUCCAGUGAAGCUCCAACUGGCUGCCCAAUGGAGCAGUCCUGGUGUCUCUCUACCCCAGUGAUUCACCUGGCCCAGUUCCUCGUUGCUGCCAUACUAAUAGGGAUGGGCUAUCCAGCCUGCAAUGUUAUGUCCUAUACCUUGUACUCAAAAAUUUUGGGGCCAAAACCUCAGGGCAUCUAUAUGGGCUGGCUAACAGCUUCUGGAAGUGGAGCCAGGAUUCUCGGACCAGUGUUUGUUAGCCAAACGUAUACUUACCUAGGGCCGCGAUGGUCAUUUAGCUUAGUCUGUGGGAUGGUUUUAUUAACUAUCAUGCUUUUGGGAGCAGUUUAUAAGAGACUUAUUGCUUUUUCUAUAAGGCAUGGAAGGGUCCAAGAGGAAGCUUAGGAGAGUUGAGGUGAAGAGUUACCUGAUUUAUGGGACCACCUCACCACAGGCCAUUUCAAGGUUGCUGGGAGAGUGAGAGCUUGGUUUCCAGAAAACCAGGUGAUUUUCCUGAAGGCUCAGUCAAUGUUCUGUGUCUUGUGACAUGUAUUAAACACAGGCUAAAUUCUGCCCCCCUUGCUUUGUACCAUAGGGCAAACUAACCGUUUUUAGACUAUAACCUUCCUCUGUACAAGGUGAAACAAAGGUUCUCUCUCACCUGAACUAGUGAACAGACAGCAAUAUGUACAUGCUUGGCAACUUUCUCCCAUUGUGAGCUGCGCCUGCUUUACUAAAUCAGCUUUGAAUCAGGCUUACGCUUAUGUCGGAGAACAAAAAUGCAGAGACGAUUACAGUGUGAGUCAGAUGGGCUAUAGCUCCAAUUUUCAUACCACAAGAAAUUCAGAAAUGUGUAUGCAACAAUUAUGUUCUUGUCACGCCCAAGUCUUCUUGACCCUGUUUGGGGUUUUCUUGGCAGAGAUACUGGAGUAGUCUGCCAUUUCCUUCUCCAUUUCAUUUAACAGAUGAGGAAAAUGAGGCAAACAGGGUUAAGUGACUUGCCCGGGGUCACACAGCCAGGAAGUGUUUGAGGCCACAUUUGAAUUCAGGAAGAUGAGUCUUCUGGACUCCAGGUCCAGCUCUCUGUGCACUAUGGCACCAUCUGGUUGCCUGUAUUAUACAUUAUACUGUAGGGCCACUCUUGGGUCAAGACCCCCUUGGUUCAAGUCCCAUCUCUGGCGAAUCCUGGCUGUGUAUCUCUGGGCAGGCCUCUUAACUUCCAGUGCCCCAGACAACUCUCCUUGUUAAGAAUGACUACGAAUGCAGAAUAAGUGCCCAUCUGCCUUAGCAGAGGAAGUUUCCUCCUUGGUACUUCCUGACACCAGACACUAUCUGUCUGUCCCCCUGCCUCCAAUAGUACAUGUUGUAAACCAUCUUACAGAUUUACCUGUGUGUCUUUCAUCUACCCAGCCCUUCCUCAAAGUCCCAACAGCAUGCAAAGUACUAUGUCAGGUGCUAAGGGAGGCACAGUUGGUAGGAGCACCCCAGCCUCGAAGCUCUUUCUUAGUAAGAGAGGUGGCACAGACGACCAGGCCCACAUAGAGUAAGUGAUAGAGAGAAAGCCAGCAAGAGAGCCUGUAAAGAAGGGCUUGUAGGGCCUGUCACUUCUGGACACAGAGAAUCAGGGAAGGCUUCAUGUAAGAAAUGGCGUUUGGGCUCACUUGGAGAGUGGUCAGAUUUCAGCUCCAGAGGCAGAAGUGGGGGCACUUAUGGAAGAGCAGGGCCCCAAGUGGGCAUCAGGAGAGUGUCGGCAUUAAGAAUAUGAGUUUGCUUUCUGACCAGAUUGAGAAGGGAGAGAAUUUAGAACUGAAAAUAAGACAAUUGAAUUUUUUCUUUUUUUUUUUUAAUAUUUUUUUAUUUUUAGUUUACCACACAUGGUUCUGCGUAAUUUUGAGAUCCAGAUUUUCUCCGCUCCCUCUCCCCUCCCUCCCCAAGACGGCAUGGAAGCUCAUAUAACUACCAUGUAUAACUUUGCAUUGAAUUAAUUUAUACACUAGUCAAGUUGUAGAGAAUAAUAAGAAUACUGUAAGGAUUUUUUGGAACCAAGUUGUAGAGGGCUGUGACUGCCAGGCCAAGGAGCCUAGAAUUUAUUUGGUAAACAGGGACCCAAGGUCCCUUUAAAGGCUUCCUUAAUUGAAAUCCACUCCCAGGCAAAGACAGAAAUACCGUUGGAUUUCAUUUCUUAUGAAGUUAUUUGUUUCCUUUCAUUACUAAUGAACAAUUUACUUAGUAUAGAUACACUUAUAUCUGCACGUACAGAAAAGAAAUUUAAGAGAACAAAGUUGUUGACACGAUAAAACUCUGAUUGAAUGCUCUGAGCCUCUAUUUAAACCUGAAGGAAGGUUAGUGUUUUAGCACCUGCAUCUCUCAGGAGGGGGCAGAGGGAAGAGAACAGUGAUCAGGUUAUAAUUAUCAUAAUUUGGAGCAGAAUAAUCUUAGUAGAUGAGAGACGUUUGGGAGAAGUGCAAAGUCCUCGUGGUUCAGACUCUUAAUUCUAUUGGUCUGUCUGUGUUUACCCUGCCUGAGCUACACUACCUAAGUAAACAUUUCUACCUCCACAGUAAAGAGCCAUUUUCAAAGGAUCUGAAUAGCAUGUGUGGGCUUGAGAAGAACACUAGGUGCUGGAAAUGAAGGUUCAUUGACAGAGUGCAAAAGAACCUUCAAAUGAUUUUCCUAAGCCAGUUUUCUCCUAUGAGCCCUGAGUGUUUUUACUGCUAGUUGUGAUGCUAUGAUUUGCACUUUAACUGUACCGAGUUCAACUUGAUUUCUCGUAGCUAAUUCUUUCGUGUGAUAAGUGAAGUUGUUAAUAUUGGCUUAGUUUGCAGAUUUCUUUACUCGGGGCUGUUUUCACUACCCAUUGUGCUUCCCACAUCAGGAUCUCCCUUCAGCUAGGUAGAUAGACCACAUUGGGGCCACUCGAUUGGGUUCACUCACCCAUGCCAUCUGGCAUGCUGCAGAUGCCAUAGGCUUCCCCAGCUUGGGCAGUGACUAAUUCUAGAAGAAGAAUCCACCCCUUAGUGCUUGAAGUGGCCAUGGAGAGAACAAGGGAGCUUGAGGAAGAGCAGUGAGUGUAAAUGUAAGGAUUAUACUAGAUCUUAGCUGUGACACAAGCCUGUCCAGUACAGGAUUUGGAAUUGCCCAGUCCUACCUUGCUCCUGCAUUGAAGGGCAUCACUUUCUCAGAGGGGCUUAUUGGACCAGGUGUUUUCAGUAAGCACUAAAUAAUCAUUUACUGUGUACCCCAAACUAUGAUGCCGCAAGAAACAUAGGCUUUGCUCUCCAAAAAUUCACAUUCUGUUGAGUAUCCUCACCAAGUGAUAGUUUGGGGGCUGGGGAAUAGCUGAUAAAGGGUAAACUGCAAUGUUUUUUGGACUAAAACAAUUGAAAUAUCUUGUGUUUCAAACUAAAAGUCACACGUAGGCUCAUCAGUUAACCACCAGGGCCUCUCUGGUACGUACCUAGCUUUACGUAUUGUUGAGUCAUUUUUAGUUGCGUCCAACUCUUCAGUGACCCCAUUUGGAGUUUUCUUGGCAAAGUACUGGAGUGGUUUGCAGUCUCCCUGUCCAACUUAUUUCACAGAUGGGGAAACUGAGGCAAACAGG